AUGGUGUUCCCUCAAUUAUUUGCUUUUGCUGCGACGGUGGGCUUCGCAACAAUAGCGGCCAUUGGUUUGGUCUACUAUCUCAACAAUCAAUCUCAACCGAGUCAUUCAUACAGCAGCCCCAGAGCUUCUCCGCCCAAACGUUCACACAUCAGCAAAUACGAACCAUCGGACGAAGACACCGUCUGCACGAUCUGCCUGGAGCAAACCAAAGGGAUGGCGAACCGAUGGAUACUUCCCUGCAAACACUCGUUCCAUGUAGAUUGUCUUAGGAAAUGGACUGUUAACAAGCAGGAGUGUCCAAACUGUCGAAAACAAUUCUAA